AAUAAAAAAAAAAUUCAAAAUAGAAAUAUCUGGCUGCGGAUUGCUUGUAAUUCUUGCGUAAGUUACUCUACGUUUUCAAACUCCUUUAUUUUUUACUUUCUCUGGAAAGCAGUAACUCAGCCAGCUUGUAUUCAUGUCGGCCAAAGUGUACCAACUACAGAAGGAUGCCUUUGGCAAUGCCGACCAAACCAUUCCUACCAAACCUGUCGACAACUUACGUAUAGUAUGUAUGUCGGAUACUCAUGGUACAACUAAAUUCAACUUCCAAGUGCCAGACGGAGACAUCCUUGUCCACGCAGGCGAUAUAACUCGAAUCUCAAAUUUGCAAGAGUUCUCUAAUUUUAUAAACUGGAUGAGUUCAUUACCGCAUUCGGUUAAAAUUGUUAUUGCCGGGAACCAUGAUACAGUCCUGGAUCCAGACUUUCGUUAUUUGGAGGAAAGGCGAAAAAUUCUGGAUGGAUUCCGGCAACAUGACAUAAUAUAUCUUCAAAAUACUGGCUAUAGGCUACCAGAGUCAUUAGGAGGCUACUUGAUUUAUGGAAGCCCAUAUGCCCCCUUCCAUAUUGGCGGGGCGUUCAUGCCGUAUGACUUGUCAGAUGUGUGGAAAACAGUGCCGUUUGACACUGAUAUCUUGGUAACCCACACACCUCCAUACGGGAUACAAGAUACCACGCGACGUGGCCAAAAUGUAGGAUGCGAACACUUAUUAAAGAAAAUCAAGGAAAUCAAACCAAAAGUCUGUAUAUUUGGUCAUAUUCAUGAGGCAUACGGAGUACAUAAAGAGGACGGCACUGUUUACAUCAACGCGUGUACAUCUAACUCCAGAUACAAAGCUACACAGCUCCCGGUCGUCGUGGACCUGCCCAAGUUUCGGGAUUAGAGUACAUAACGCCUAUGUCAAUACCCUAAAU